AUCAGCGCUCGAUUAAUUGGCCUUUCGGAACAGGAAGUGACAGAACACACGUGUGGAAAGAAGCAUCGUUUGUGUGAAAUUACUGUUCUGUUUAUAGUCAUAGACAUUACCACUUUUGAGUCGGGUUAGUUAAAGUGUAAACUAGUUUCCAAACAUCCUCCGGUCGAUCUUUAUCCACGCUGAUCGCAGUAAAUGGCGGAGUGUGUAAAUGACAGUGAUGCAGAGGGCAGAAUCAGUUACGGAGACUAUGUAGUGCUGAAGAGAGGAGAUGUCUUCAAAUCAGUGCAGGUCGAAAAUAAAAAGAAAGUGGUCUUUGAGAAGCAGUGGUUCUUCUUGGACAAUGCAGUUGGGCAGCUGUACGGGACCAGGUUUGAAAUCGAAGCCGGCGGUUCACUCAAACUUAAGGCAGCAAAACACUCAGGAGACUCUUUGGAUUCUAAGGAAGCAGGCCAGGAUAACAGACACAUAGUGGAUGAUGGCAGAUCUCAGAAACUGUCCAGAGAUGAUAUUGAAACACUGAAAGAGCAAGGGUUAAAAGGCCAGGAGAUUGUCCAGCAGCUCAUAGACAACAGUACAACAUUCAAGGACAAAACUGAAUUUGCUCAAGAGAAAUACAUCAAGAAGAAAAAGAAAAAGUACGAGAGUGACAUAACAAUCCUGAAGCCCUCCACUCGACUCCUUGCCAUGAUGUACCACGGCAGAGAACCAGGGAAAAUAUGUCACCUGCGGUACGACACAUUGGCUCAGAUUUUGACUCUGGGGAACAUCCACGCUGGCAGUAAAAUCAUUGUUUUUGAGACCUGUGCUGGACUUGUGUUGGGCUCGGUGAUGGAGAGAAUGGGAGGUUAUGGCUCAGUUAUUCAGAUGUAUCCCGGUGGAGGCCCAACGAGAGCCGGCAUGGAGAGCUUCGGCUUUCCGUCACACUUCCACGAGACGCUGCAUGAGUUCCCUUUAUGCAAAGUUAACGCUCUGUUGGCGGGAACCCUGGAUCUGUCAGAGAAGGAUGCGGACUCUCAGGCCACUGGCAGCGGGAACGGACGAUCCGAGUCCUCUCAGGAAACCUCAGGUGUGUCUGAGGAGAAGAACUCCGAACAUCAGAGCAUGGAGGUCAGCGUCGACCCGCAAGAGGAAAUGAGGAGAGCGGAGCGAGAAAGACUGCGAGAACAGAGGGCUCAAGAGAAAAAGGUGAAGAUGGAGGAGAAGAGGAAGAAGUUAGCUUCAGCUGCUGCUCUGUUAGAGGGCAGAAAUGCAGAUGGGUUGGUGAUUGCUAGUCGCUUCCACCCCUGUCCUGUGUUAAUGGGUCUGCUGAAGUUUGUAGCACCAUCACGACCGUUCGUAGUGUACUGCCAGUACAGAGAGCCGCUGAUUGAGUGCUACACAAAACUCAGGGAACAAGGAGGAGCAAUCAGUCUCAGAUUAACCGAUUCCUGGCUCAGGCAUUACCAGGUGUUGCCCAACCGGACUCAUCCAGUGCUGCUCAUGAGUGGAGGUGGAGGGUAUCUCCUGUCCGGAACCACGGUCGCUGCAGACGCUGCCAAAGCUAGGAAUCAGCACAAAUCAGAGGAGCCUGUUGCCAAGAGGCUGAAACUGGAUAAGAUUAGUUCAUCAUGUGACAGCUCUGCCUAGGCAAUUAGUUUAGUUUAACUUAUUUAAGUGAGAAGAAACCAAAUCAGUGUUGGACUCACACAUGCAGGCAGUGCUUUAUUCUCUGUACGAGUUGCACGACUUUAUUAUUCAAAGUCUGUUAUCUACUGUGUUUAUUUCUUUUUGACAAGAUUUGCAUUUAAGAGUUACAUCAAUGUUCUCAUUUUUAUUUAUUUAUUUUUUUAGCAAGAUGUGGAGGAAGGAAAACAUGCGCUGCUUUUUCGGCAUCCUCUGCACUUGGCGAAUAACCAAGUUUUGCUUACAAAAUGCAUCAUUGCCCAAGUAAACAUUUAUAUCUUUUUAAUACAUUUCAGAAGGCGUCCAGCAUCAAAACACAAAUGAUAACCACAUUCAUCAGCUUUGGUCCCAUAAUUACACAUUUUAUUAAAUGUAAGCAAUGCAGAGAUUCUAUGGAAAGCCAUAAAGAACAACAACAAUUUUUAAACAUACUGCAUUUUUCACAGUUGUAAAGUAGCAUGCUCUUAAAUGCAUUCAAAUUUGCAGUCAAUAGUACGUGGGCAUUUAGUUUUUUAGUUGUUUUUUUUUUAGAAUAUUUUAGGAUGUAAUAAAGAGAGAAAUGAUUCACAUGGUA